AAAAUGAAGAUAUAUUUAAUUGGAUUCACUUUGUUGGUCAUUGCAAAUUCAGUCACGUUAUAACUAAGCAGUGUGUAUUAAUGCUCAUGCGAAAAUCUGUUACAAUAAGCAGAUUGCUUGAGCGAUUAUUGUACUUGGGAUCCUAAUGGAUCGACAUGUACAAACAAAGCGUGCUCAGUAUUCAAAGAAAAUGAUUGUAAAGGAGUUCCAGAUCCCUUUAACUGUGUUUGGAAUAGCAAAACUAGUAAGUGCGAAGAUUUUACAUCAUGCUCUGAUUAUUCAUACAAAAUGGUUGAAGGUGAUUUAUGCUAUGACUUGAUAAAAUGUUAAGUGGAUGUUGAUACAAUCGACUCAACAGCUGGAACUGUAAAAUGCACCGAUAGAACUUAAGAAUCAGCUUUGAGUAUUGGAAGUUGUGACAAAGUACCUUAUAGUGAAUGUAACUGGCUUGUAACUAGCGAUGGAAAACAAUGUGUGAAGAAUGUUUCAGCAUAAACUUGCGAAACUAAAACAAUAACUCAAUGUUCUGAUUAUACAAGCAUAGAUGUUUGCAAUACAAAUUCCUGCUACUGGGGUGAUUCUUGCAAACCAUUAACUUGUUCUAUUUUACCUGAGGAUGCUUGCAUGUUAUUUUUCUCAAUUGAUGCAAAAUAAGUUACAUUUUGUAAUUGGGAUGGAACCAAGUGUUCAGAUGUAGAUACCACAACUUUAACUUAAACUUAAUGUUUACCUUAUACCCUUUAUUCCUAUGCUUGGAAUCCAGAUACCAAGAAAUGCGAAAUUUGUUAAGAGCCCAGUUCUAGCUCAAAAUUCAUUCUUUAUGGAUCAAUCUUGUUGGCUAUAUUGUUAAAUUGA